CGCGUCGCGUCGCGUCGGUUUUCAAUUAAAGUCAAUUAAGAUAUAGCCCCUCUAUAGUUGUACCCAUUCACACCAUACAAUACUAACCUAUGCUCUAUGGUUCCCUGGGACUUCGUUUGAAAGAUCAGCAGAUACGUUGAGUUUGGACCAUAGAGGACGUUUUAGAGAUCACUUCGUUCAUAAUGCCUCACUCCAAAUCGCCCGAGGCCGACUCUCAAACCCCUGUUGCCGAAGAGACCAUGACGGACAUUCCAGCUCAGAACGGCGACGACCAGGCAGCCGAUAACGAUAUCGCCAUGGCUGAGACAGAUACUUUACAGAUCAAAAUAGAAGAAAAUGACAAGAAGGACGCAAAAUUAGAAGACUUAUUCGCGGAUGUUGACUCGGAUGAUGAGUUCCCCAGUUCGCGGCCAGGCGUAGACAAGUCGUCGGCUCCAGCAUCGCCCUUUGAUGGGCCGGUAGCCGUGAAAGCAUCGGAUCCCGAGAUCCUGCGCCUGUUCUACCAGCGAUUCUUCCCCUGGCGGUACCUCUUCCAGUGGCUCAACCACAGCCCGACACCUACCAACGACUUCGCGCACCGCGAGUUCGCCUUUACGCUACAGAGCGAUAUUUACCUGCGAUAUCAAGCCUUCCCCAGCUCCGACUUACUCCGCAAAGACGUGCUCCGCCAACUGCCGACCCGUUUCGAGAUCGGCCCCGUGUACACGACGAACCCGCGCGACCGCAAGACGCUGCGGAACUCGAGCGCGUUCAAGCCGCUGGCGAAGGAGCUGUGCUUCGAUAUCGAUUUGACGGACUACGACGACAUCCGCACGUGCUGCGACAAGGCGAAUAUCUGCAACCGCUGCUGGCAGUUCAUGACUAUGGCUAUCAAGGUCAUAGACGUCGCGCUGCGGGAGGAUUUCGGGUUCAAGCAUAUCAUGUGGGUGUACUCCGGCCGAAGAGGAGCCCACGCCUGGGUCUGCGAUAAGAAGGCCCGCACGAUGGACGAUCAGAAGCGCAGGGCCAUUGCCGGGUACCUCGAGGUGAUCCGAGGUGGUGCGCAGAGCGGCAAGAAGGUUAAUCUUUGGAGGCCUUUGCACCCUCAUAUAAGCCGGAGUCUAGAGAUCCUAGCCCCACACUUCCAAUCCGACGUCCUCGAAUCGCAGGAUCCGUGGGCGUCCCCGGAGCGCGCGGAGCACCUGCUCUCGCUCCUCCCGGACAAAGCUCUUAACGAGGGCCUGCGCAAGAAGUGGGAUGCGGCGCCAGGCCGCGCCAGCACGUCCAAGUGGGCCGACAUCGACGCGCUGGCCAAGUCGGGCGCGAGCAAGAAACUGGACGCGCAGGCGCUGCUCGAGGCUAAGCAGGACGUCGUGCUCGAGUACACGUACCCGCGCCUCGAUAUCGAGGUCAGCAAGAGGCUGAACCAUUUGCUGAAGAGCCCGUUCGUCGUGCACCCCGGCACCGGCAGGGUGUGCGUGCCGAUUGAUACGCGGAAGUUGGAGGAGUUUGACCCGUUGGGCGUGCCGACGGUGCAGGAGCUGCUGCAGGAAAUUGACGAGUGGAAGGAAGAUAGUGGCGAGGAAGGUAAGGAGGACGGGGGAAAGGGGAAGAAGCCGUUGCAGGAUUGGGAGAAGACGAGCUUGAGGCCGUAUGUGGAGUACUUCAGGAGUUUCGUCCUGGCGCUUAUGAAGGAUGAGGCGGAUCCGAAGGUUAAGCGUGAGAGGGAGGAGGGGAUGGAAUUCUGAGAUGCUUAUACAUAUACAUCCAUGUAUAUCUUUUAAUCAGGUACACUUAGUACUAUGGCAUAGGCUCGGAGUUUUGGGUAUGGGUUCACGAAAUUGAAGUCUGAAUGGGUAUUUAAUGAAUGGUAGCGGAUCACCACUUUAAUCCUUCUAUCGUGGGUUGCGUUCGUUAUGACGACUCUUGACUGAGCAGCUUCUGUCUAACCAUGGCUACUAUGUCUUCACUGCCUUCCAUGUCCUUUCCGCGCCGGAAGCAGGCGCUGGCGAUGCUGAUGGUCUUGUCCCUGUUCUUCAUCCCGUGCGUAAUUUGUAAGUCUGAUUUUGGGACGCCUAGGAUCUCGCUUAGAAUCUCAACCACGGCCUUGUUCGCCUUUCCGUCUUGUGGUGGAGCCGCAACACACAUUUCGAUGCACUCAUCCGUAACAGCAGCAACUCCCUCGCGUACUUUGCUUGCGCCUGGCCGGAUGUGACAUCGUAGCUGUAGGAUCUCUGGGGCUGAAGCCUUGGAUUUCUGCACGAGAGUUAUGGCGUUACGGGCAGCCAUAUUCUCAUUAUAAUGAGUGAGUGUCUCAUAUGUGUUGAUUCGACGACCUUGGAAUCUGUUGUUUAGAUGAAAUGCUGGUUCGAGA